AUGGUCGACGCCUCAACACAGUAUUCGCCUCCCCAACCGAGAGAACCCGCAUCCCUAUCGGCCACCACCGCACCCACAGGCCCAUCCCAGACUCCCACUUCCACCAUUGCCGCCUUACAGAUCUCCGAGACUGACGACCAUCGCGAUAAUAAUGACGACGACGACGACGACGACGAAGAUGAUGAUGACGACUCGGCCGAGCCCUCAUCACCUCACCCCGUGGCGCUCAAAUCUGACGUUGCUCACCCACAUCCACAAGCCAAGAGGCACGCUGCGGAUUCGGCCCUUACGGCUCCACUCCCUAUCAACGGUAGCCAUGUAGAACAAGACUCCCAAGAUCAUUCUCCUAUCAAGAAACCCCGCCCCGAUGCCCCUCCCGCCCGCAAAAUGCCGCGCCUAUAUGAACUCUGCAACACUCGAGACCUGGUGGUUUUGAUCUCCUCCAUGCUCAUGGAGCUCAUCCGCUAUAACGACGCCAUCCCUCUACGAGAAGGCCAUCUGACUCGCUUUCACUCCCGGGCACCUCCCGCCAUCUCGGUCCUUGAUUACCUACAGCGCUUGACAACUCAUGCUACCUUACCUCCACCAAUCCUCUUGAGUAUGGUAUAUUAUAUCGACAGACUCUGCACUCUUUAUCCGGCCUUCACCAUUACGAGCCUGACUGUCCACCGCUUUCUCAUCACCAGUGCUACGGUGGCCAGCAAAGGAUUGAGUGACUCGUUCUGGACCAACAAGACCUAUGCGAAGGUCGGUGGAGUCAGUAUGAAGGAGCUGGCGCUUUUGGAACUCGAGUUUUUGACCAAGAUGGAAUGGCGCAUUGUUCCAAAACCCGAGGUCCUCUCCGACUACUACAAGUCUCUCAUUGGGCGGAAUUCUCAAUACGAGCUUGACACAUAA